AUGCAACCAGCACGACCCCCGCCGCCCCGAGCGCCGGGCAGCUUCAGCCCUCUGCCGGGCUCGACAGCUUCCACCGCACCGCACCCGCAACGUUCACGACCGCCCGCCCGCGCCGAGUCGUCAUCGAGCGAAGAGAACCUCGCCAUUCACUUCGUCAAGCCCCGAUCUCACGCUCCGAGCGCGCCCGCCGCCCCUUCCACCAGUACCCCGAUCUAUGCUCAGUUUACCGCCCAGGCCAACUCGAGCACCGCCAGCCUGCAGAACUUCUCGCGCCCGACUGCUCACCGGUCGGGAACCACGCCCGGAGGUCCAGUAGGCCCUAUCUCGGGAGGAGGAAGCGAACUGAGCGGGAGUGUGAGCGCUGCUGCUGCUGCCCGCACCGCGAGCCCUCUGACCAAGGGACACUCGAGGAAGCACAGCCAGACGCCCGGCCUGUUCGACUCAACGCUGCCCUCGACGAGCCUCUCGAACCUGUCUCAGGUGGGCAUGUCACACCCAUCUGCCAACUCAUCUUCAACACAUCAGCAUCAGCAUCAGCAACAGCACCCGAGCCCUGCCCUCUCCGCGAGCCACAUCGCGGCGCAGGCAGCCUUUCAACAUCAGAACACUCAGCAGCACCAGCAGCACCAACAGCUCCAGCACGCUCGACAGCGAUCACAGACCGUCCCGAACCCGGCCAACGGAGACGCCGAGAGCGCAAGGAGGGGGAGCAGCGGAAAGGGCCCACUCAGCCCGCCUAUGCUAAGCCUGACCGAGGCAAGCGGUCCACGAGAGAGCGGCUUUGGAACUCAGGGAUACCACAACGGCCUACUUGGAAGCCAUUCCGCCGCCGCGACCACGGCAGCCAACGCAGCAAACGCAGCAGCCAACGCAGCGUUCCCGCGAUCGGGGCAGACAUCGCCUGGCUUGCCCCAGUCGCAGCAUCAGCAGCAGCAGCAACAGCAGCAGCACAGUCCUAUCAAUCCUACGCCGCAACUUAUUCCAGAUCCGAAGCCGGUGAAGCCAGAAAAAUCAAAGGUCAAGCUCUUCUCCCGUCCGGUCAAGAUCGGCACCAAGGGCGACCCUAAAGACAAACCGCUCCCUAGUCCGAGCAAGAUCGGCAGUGCGCUCGCAUCAUUACAACGCGGGAAUUUCAGCACGAGUAGUCUCAUCGAUACCAGCGGCCAAUCUAUAUAUAAUCUCAACAACGCAUCGUCCGCGACCAUCAGAGCAGUGCCCGAGACGCCCACCAUGGAGAAGGAAGGCAAGGAAAAGGAAAAGAAGCAUCACUUUUUGUCGCGGCAAAAGCACAAGCUCAAGGAUGACUACCAUCUUCCGCUGUCUUCCGCAUCGAGCAAUUCGAAACCGACAGACCCCAGCGCCCCCUCGAGUUUGUACAGUUUCAACUUACCCCCUAGUCCGGCCCCGACUGCAACAUCGUUUGGCAAGGGACGAAGGGACAAAAAGACUGAAAAAGAGAGCAGCAACCUCGGCGUCGAGUCCAGUUCUCUCCCGUCGGAAUGGCCAGGUCCAAGCAGCCUGCCGACAUUGACGCAUCAGUCGUCGUAUCUAUCUGAACCCAUUGACGCAGGCAAAUACGGCCUCAACAGCAUGGCGCUCGACGAUGCCUGGCCGUAUCUGAAAGCCAAGAUGCUCGUCAUUUUUGAAGGCGAAGAUCUGCGACAGCCGGUGGAGGAUUUCAAUAGGCUGGUGACGUUGCACAUUCAAUACUGCAUCCAACGCAUGUCGCCCAACAUCAUUCUCGAGGAUUUGCGCGAGCUCUUGUCGACCGGCUUCGCCUCCCUGGACCACACUCUCCGGCGCACGCAGGAAGACAAAGUCAUUCCGGCUCUCGUCGAGAUGUGGCUCAUCACCUACACCUCGAUUCUGCCUUACAUGCAGGCCGUCUUUUUACCCUUGGACCUCGAGUUCUCUGGCUGUGGCGUUCUCAUGAACCCGGACCAAGCCCGUCAAUUCUGGGGCGGCGUCAAGUCACAGUCCUCCGAUAGCGGUCCAUACGUUAGUCCCGCAUCAGCAGUGCUAGAUGUGCGUCGUAUCGUACUUACGGCCUACCGUGAUAUUGUCAUCCUACCCCGCUACGACUCUCUCAAAGCCAUCUUCUCUCGGCUUUCUCUCGAAUUUCUCCCGUCCUCGUUCGCAUCUUUAGCCCUCGCAUCUCCGCUACCAGAUCCGGCCCUUUCUUCAAGCCCCGCGGAUGCAAUCAGCAUGAUGCGACCCGGCACAGCUAUGAGCCUCGAUCCGUCCGUGGCGAGCUAUAACUCGAACGCGACGACGCUCCUGGGCGACGGAAGCGCGGGAGGCGGCGGACGCAGCCGUGCCAUUAGCAACGUCAGCUACGCCAGCGCCGGGAGCGACGGCCAGAUGCGCCCGUUUACGCGAGAGCAGAACGUCGAGGACUCUAAGCAGGUCACCGAGAUGGUGGGACGCAUGUUGCAGUGCAUGAGCAUACUCGCCAGCAUCGGGGGCGCGACGGGCGACGGUAGCGAGGAGGGAAACAGAAGGAUGGAGGAGCUGUGCCGGCUGCUCAAGCUGAAUUGGCUUGGUAGGGGUCGGACGGGCAGGAACAGGAGAGGUAUCGUGGGCGGCAGACGAAGGGAGAUACCCGAGUCUAUUAGGGAAGGGUUGCGCGUCGUCUAA